UCUCUGUACUCAUAGUUCCAUGUUAUAUUGGUGUGUAGUAGUUCCGUUGCACGCGUUGACAUCCCUUCCUUCUUCUGGCCUUUCUUAGGUUGCGAUAGGUGUUGUUUACAUUUUGUAAAUGUCCGAUACCAGUUUCAUGUGGCUGCUGUGGAGAACGCUGUUCAGUCAUUAAGGCUUAAAAUAAUGAGGACUAUGCAAGGGGAUCUCUCUAUUUAUCCGAAAUCCACCAAAACAGAUGAGAACCGUACUGGAGUCUUUUAAGCAGCUUUGUAGGCCUGCAGAGCUCCCCUGCUACCCAGGGAGCUUGGCUUCCAGCAGCUAUGCCCCAUUCAUCACCUGCUUUCAAUGGCCACUACCAAGCCGCCUUCAGCUACAACACCAGGUAGGGUGCCGGGCGCUGCACAAUGUUUAGGGGAUUAGCAAUCAAAGGACUGUGGAGGCUAGAGCCCUCUAUGCCGGCCUGCCAUUCAUUCCUAGCAGGGGAGGAGAGCUCCAGCAGCGGCCAAGGUCAUCGUCUCCAGCUCGGUAGGAGGGGACACAGCGAGGCUGCGGCACUUUGACGUGGGACAGAGCUGUAGACGGGGAGGCUCAGCUGGAAGAGUCCAAGGUUCCCACAGGGGCCUGGAGUGGAGUGAGGCAGAGGACAUGGAGGAAUGACAAGCAGCAGCUGGACAUAGAGGAGCACACACAAUGGACCUCAGUCAACUAGCUGAAUCGUUGGCCCAGGAUCAAAGACGGACCCCGACCGGCCGCUCAGGCCACCACAAAGGGCCGUGGGGGGGGGGGGGGGGUCUGGCACGGGGCCAGCGCUGCACAUGGCCGAGGACGAGUCAUGCAGAUGGGGCCUGUGUGUGAGAGCGAUUUUCUUCUAUGACUCCAUGUUCCAGAGAGGGAGGGGGAGUGUAGCGGCCUGUGCAGCAGGAGCAGAACAUGCUGAGGUUAGAGCUACAGUGUUAAAAGCAUCAAGCUGUGAGCGACCUAAUGAAGAUUCCUGCUGUUAAGAGGUAAUUACAGCCAAGUCAAUAAAACACCAUGACACACUUUAUGCGACCUCGAUGGUUCCAGCUAAGAUAAUGGGCCACUUAACACAGACAGCUCAGUAAUUAAAAGGCCAAAGAGCCGAGCAGGUUCUGAACAGGGUCGACUGGUUGGGCGUUUAGUUUCAGCAGUAACUUCUCAGCCAUUAGAAAAUCAUCAGCGCAGAAGUCUGAUGCUGUUUUUUCUGUAAUAAUGGGCAUUAUUUUCACUUUUAUGUGUUCCUCCUACAGAGAAAAUAGGCCUGAUGUCUCCCUUUGUGCUCGCUCCAACCGCUCACUUCCACCACCCACACAACACAUUUUCCCAGGCAACAAUGUUCCUCCAAAGUUUACACACAAUAAAUAACGAUAUGCCCAAAGCAGUUAGCAGCGGCCCCGCUCUCCGUUUCCUGGCUGGACUUGAAAUGAAAUGGUAAUUUUGACUUGAGGAGGAUUUCAAAGGGAUGGCCUCUACUUUUCAUCUUGGCGCAUACCACGAGCUCGCCGACACAUUCACGCUGGGAUUUGAGAAGAAAAAAAAGAAAAAAGCUGAAUUUUAAGUUUUUUGUAUGAACUUCCUUCUUUCUUUUUUUUCUGACAUCUCCCCACAGAACAAGAGAUGUAACAUUGCUGAGAUCUCUCCCCCAGAUGGACAGCGUUUAUAUAAACAACCACCUCCGGGUUCAGAGAAUGUUUGAUUGAUGUGUCAUUGUCCAAAGAUUGUUUCCAGGCAUUUGAAUAGAUAAUUCAGAGUAUUUGAAGUAGAGAUUUUUCUUGCAGAGGGCAGAGGUCGCUUGUGGGGGAAGAGAAGGGGUGUCCUCUCUCUCCUGUGCUAUUUUUGCCUCUGAGGCUCCAAGCAGCCUGUCUACUUUUCACGGUAGAGAUUGACUGACACUUGAAUCGUCCUCCUGCUCACGAUUACAAGGUCGGCCUAUGGACCGUCAGCCUGAGUGGCAAGAACCAGCGCUGCAGUGGAAGAAUGGGCCAGGAACACGAGAAGGAACAGGAAAUGGAAUUAGACUUAGAGAACAAGGUGUUGGCUGAUCUGAUGAAAGAAGCAUCACACCAGCUCAUACAGUGAUGAGUGAAGAGGAGCUGAGAAGCUCCCCCGCUGCUUUUAGAGAGUGAGCAGGAUUAGGCUGGAGCUCAGUGGAGGCACGACGGCACUCUCAGACGGCAACUGGAGCUGGAGCCAUGAGCAGGGCGCUUGCGGAGCACAUCACCAGUAGCUUCCGAGAAGAUGCUCCUCGCCCUCCGGUACCGGGGGAGGAGGGAGAGGCGUCAUGCUGCAACGCCAGCAGAUCUGCCAAAAUGAGAGCCCAGACUAAGGUUAAAGAGAGCCCAGUGGUCGCCGCCGCGCCUCCCGGCUCGACGCCGCGGAGGAACGAGGAUGGACUCGGGGAGCCGGAGGGCAGCGCGUCGCCGGACUCGCCACUGGUCCGGUGGACAAAGUCUCUGCAUUUCCUCCUGGGCGACCAGGACGGCGCUCACCUGUUCAGGACCUUUUUGGAGCGGGAGAGCUGCGUGGACACGUUGGACUUUUGGUUCGCCUGUAACGGCUUCAGGCAGAUGGACUUAAAGGAUACCAAAACGCUGCGAGUUGCCAAAGUCAUUUUCAAGCGGUACAUCGAGAACAACAGCAUCGUGGCGAAACAGCUGAAACCCGCCACCAAGACCUUCAUAAGGGAUAGUAUUAAGAAACAACAAAUAGACUCUGCCAUGUUCGACCAGGCGCAGACGGAGAUCCAGUCCAACAUGGAAGAGAACGCGUACCAGAUGUUUCUGACCUCUGACAUAUACCUCGAAUACGUGCGCGCCGGCUGCGAGAACGCGGCGUACCUGAACCACGGCGCUCUGAGCAGCCUCAAGCUGAUGUGCGGAUAUCUUCCCCCUCUCAUGGAGGAAGAGGAAUGGAGUUGUAGCGACCUGAAGGCGAAAAGCAUGCGCUCUGUGGUCGGACUGUCUGCGAAGACGCUGAGGGCUACCGCGAGCAUCCGGACGGCGGCUGAAGUGCUGGAGAACAGUUGCAGGUCCCACCGCCGAGGAGACCCCGCCAGUCCUUAUUUCGUCAACUCCGGCUACAUUUUCGCCCCUGCCACCAGUGCCAACGACAGCGAAAUCUCCAGCGACGCUACAACGGACGAUUCCAUGUCCAUGACAGACAGUAGCGUAGAUGGAAUCCCUCCAUACAAGCUGGGCACCAAGAAGCAGCUUCAGCGAGAGAUGCAUCGCAGUGUGAAGAUUAAUGGCCAGGUGACGCUCCCCCACUUUCCCAGGACACACCGCCUGCCUAAGGAGAUGACCCCCGUUGAGCCUUCAGCCUUUGCCGCCCAGCUCAUCACCAAGCUGGAGAAGCUAAAGCGAGAGCAGGACACCAUGAGCUCACUGGAGGAGAGGCUGCAGCAGAUCCAGGAGGAGGAGGAGAGGGACGAGAGCAGUGACCCCGCCAGCAACACUUCCCUCCACCACCCUCUGCUUUCAUCUGGCAGUCAGUGUGAGGAAGACCCCCAGGCUAUCCUAGACGAGCACCUGUCCCGUGUCCUGAAGACACCUGGCUGCCAGUCACCAGGCGUGGUCCAGCACUCGCCGCGCUCACGCUCACCUGAUCAGACGGGCAUCAUGGUCUCCUCUGGCCAUGGGCCAUUCUUUGGUGCCUAUUCUGGGGCCACAAAGGCUCUGACAACUGGAAGGCAGUCCACGAAACACAUCCACCACCACUACAUCCAUCAUCACCACACUGGGCCGAAGACCAAGGAGCAGAUCGAGGCCGAGGCGGCCCAGCGUGUGCAGUGCCUCUGCCCUCCAGGGGGCGCCAAUUAUUCUGACAUCCCUCCUGUUCGCUGCAGCACUUUGUCCCAUCGCACAUUCAAAGCCACAGAUGAGGGCGUGUCUUCACCCCACCUUCCCCUGGACGCCACUGAUCGCUCUCAGAAUGUUUGGCAAUGGAUCCUAGAGAGUGAACGGCAGGGCAAACACAAGCCACAUAGCAUGCAAGGUCUGAAGAAGUCUAACCCACUGGACUCAAAGACCUUGGCAGGUCGGACUCACUCCUCCUGGGGCGGAGGAGGCAUUGGCAGUGGGGCUCAUCUCCGCAACCACCACCCUGGUCACCCAUUCAUCCAGGACCCAGCUAUGCCACCCUUGCCUCCACCCAACACCUUGGCACAACUAGAAGAGGCCUGUCGCAGACUGGAAGAGGUUUCCAAGCCACCAAAACAGAGGCACUCAGCAGCAGUCAGCAGCCAUCAGAGAGAUAGGAACUAUCCAGCAUCUGCUUUUCCCAUUGGAGGAAACGGCUCUGGACUACAAGCAGAAGAGUCAAAGGAGCUAGUGGUCACCUACUUCUUCUGUGGUGAGGAGAUCCCUUAUCGCAGCAUGAUGAAGACCCACUGCCUCACUCUGGGACACUUCAAGGAGCAGCUUAGCAAGAAAGGCAACUACAGGUACUACUUCAAGAAGGCCAGCGACGAGUUUGAGUGUGGUGCCGUUUUCGAGGAGGUGUGGGAGGACGCCACCGUGUUGCCCAUGUAUGAGGGCAAGGUCCUGGGCAAGGUGGAGAGGAUGGACUAAAAGCCACUAAGUCACCAAACAACCCAUGCUCCAACCUCCCACCCACAAGCUAUCCUGUUCCUUAAAGACUUGAGCAAAAAUACUCUCUAAAACACUCUGGACUCUUUUUUUUAAUUUCUUAAUAUUAAGCUAAACAGAGUUAAUAUAUCCAGCACAAGAAGAGUGACUGAAGGAAGACGAGCCAAUGAAGUAAGCCGAACUCAGAGGGGGCGAUGUCCCUCCCUGACUUUUUCAACCAAUCAGCCUUAGACAACACAAGAGCGCGACACAAGACCAGCACGAGGAUGAUGGUGUGGAUCCCGGUGGGAGAGACCCUCGGCCCGCUUCUCCUGGAGUAUAACCACUGAUGUAGAUGAUGUGUUGUGAUGUGACGUGAGACUGAUGCUCUUAACUUACACACGAAGGUCGUCACACAAGCGUCUGUAUGUGUGAUUAUACAUACAUGCAUAUAUUUAUAUAUAUAUACAUGUAUUAUAUAGAAAUGCUUUUUGUCAUAAAUUGAAAGUUAUAAUUAUUUAUUGAAGCCAACAACCCACUCCUUUCCCGUAUUGUCUCCCGGUCCCUUUUUCUAGCCAAUGGGCAAGCUGCUUUGAAUGUUGGGAGAUUACUGUGGUGAUUUCUGUUUUUGUGUUUGUUUUUGUUUUGUUUUGUUUGUUUUUUCUCACCUUGAACUAGGGAUGCGACACUAGCCUUGCAUCUUCCGUAGCCUUGUUGCCCCGACAACCCCAACAGUGGCUUGGCAGUGUGGUCUUGUCCAUACCCCCCCUUCCAAUACUCAAACCCGGUCUUAUGCUGCUGAUUGCUACAUUUGCCACACAGCAUUUCCUGUCUCUCGGUCUCCUGAAAACCUCCCACCCCCCUCUGUUUUUUUUCUGUCCAGCAACAGAGCUCGGCCUUUUUUGUCGUGCCUUUGUUUAUAAAACCAGGCAUUGCACGAGGUGGACGGUGGGCUUAAAAACGGUCACAGACACACACAUGCGCACACGCAGGAGACCUGGAGCGUGAGAUGUGCCAUCUCUAAUAAUGGUUGUGUUUACAGCCCACGCACCAAAAUAACUUGUGCUAACGAAACCCAGUUUGGGUAAUUGAGGGCGACUCGAGGAAGUCAGCUAGCUUGUCAAAAAGACAGACACUGCAGAACCGUGGCUCUGAUAUUCAUUGAAUGUUGCUACGGUAACGUGGUCUAUAGCAGUUCCUGUAUACGCUGUAUUGUGUUGCAUUCGGAAGUAUGGUUACUGACACAAAUAAUACACACACACACACACUAUUGCUGGUGUCUCGAGUACAGCACCUGUGCCUACAUGGAUGCCAUACCAUGUGCUACCCUGUUUCAGGGUUUUAAUAUAUAUCCCUUGGUUUUCAGAAGGGUUUUGUGUUGAAAAGAUAUUUUUAUGCUUUUAAUAAUAUCCAGUAAUCAUAUUUUUUUUUGUUUGGUUUAUACCGCUGCCUUGUUUUGUUUUGGUUCGUUUCAUUCUAUCUAAACUGUAAAUUAUACAUUAUAUAAAGAGUUUCAUUUAAAGAUUUACAUGGACCUAUAAUUAUUGUAAUUAUUGAGAGAUGUAGCCUUUAUUAAAGUUUUAUAUUUUUCAAAUGAAA